AUGCCCCUAUCCAAGUUCGUUCAUUGUGUUGGAAGCCCAUCUUUCAAUCCAGAUGAACUCAUUGAAGAUGUCGACCGUCAGAGAGAGGCUGUGGACCACCUGUUGAAGAAUGAUCUCUUCAACGCCAGUCGAGUGCUUUUCCAACUCCCUGAUCCGGAUCCCUAUACAUACCAUGCCGUGGCAAGUGUAAAACUUGCCCAAGUCCAGUCAGUAGUCAACCUUGGAGGUGUCAAUGGUUUACACGCGUGGUAUCGCAAUGAGGAUGGCUCACCUAGAGGGCCACCUCCCCAAGCUGAUAUCGAAGCAUACACCUCUAUCUUCAGACCAUCAACAGCUACUGCUGCAUUUCUCAAGAAUCUAGGAACAAAUGCUAAGAAAGAUUCCAUAAGGCGUGAAGUCGCAGCCAACCUUGAGAGCAAGCGAUAUCUGCACCCUGGGCUUGUAACGAAACUCACUAUCCCCAAGAGCAAAAAACCGCCCAGCGCAAAUCCCUAUCUCGACUUCUGGAUGUGGUCAUGUCACUCUCUUGAAUGGUGCGGCCCUUGCCCGGCAUCAGAACGUGUGCCGAUGUCCCACCAUGUUCUUCCAAUUUUCAUGCAUCACUUUGGCUGCGCAACGCCAACCCACGAGAGCCUGGCUAUCCUGAAAAUUCUGUCUGACGGGCGCCCAAUCGUCGACAUCGGUUCUGGCAAUGGUUAUUGGUCCUAUAUGCUCCGACGCUACGGCCUCACAGUGCAUGCGGUGGAUAACAUGCAGAGCGAAUGGAGAGUCAACUGGGUAAACGACACUGCCAUAUCGGACGGCGUGAAGUGGUUACGCAAGAACUCCAACGGUGAAGGCAUGGUACUCCUGCUUGUGUAUCCUGUUGUUGGUGGAGGUGUUGGUGGCGGCAGUGAGGGAGGAUUUACGCGGAACCUGGUUUCUGCCUUUGGCGGCGACACUAUCGCAGUUGUGGGCACGCAGAAUAGGAACGGUUACACAGGAUUCAAGGGAGUUACCAUGGAUGAGUUCAUGGCGAAGGAGCAUGAGGACUGGACUAUGGUAGUAAAGAUAGCAUUGCCGUCCUUUCCUGGGAAGGACGAAGCACUAUAUGUCUUCCAGCGGGGCGAACGAGUGCCGCAAGAAUAG